GCCAUGGAAGCUAACGUCCAGCUCAUGAGAGUCAUCCAGGAAAUGCGGGCAGAGAUCAACAAGCUGGAGAAAGAGAAUCAAGCCCUCCGGUUGAAACUGACCUCAAGCAGUCAGAGAACCCCGGGAUCAGGGGGACAUUCAGAGGACGAAAGGGAAGAGGAAGUCACAGACAUUGGUAACCUAGUAAAAGUGCCUGGACAAUCUCCAGCAACACUUCACAGUGUUAUUUCCACUGAUUCAGAACCAGAUGCGCAGCAACACCAAGACAACAUCAUGAUUGUUAGACGCUAUUCCAUUUCCUCACCAGUCCAUUCAUUUGCUGCAAAUGAUCCUUGGAAAUCUGGGAAAAGACAUCCAAGUAGUAGAAUUCUAGAAGCUCAGGGGAUGCUUAAACCACUGACAUGUUCUUCAAUCAAGAAGCAAGACAAUGAAGAAAAAGCAUUUGCAGAAGAUUCUUUUACCAACAAGAGUUCUAGCCACAGAGCCUUUCCCGAGUACGUUCCCAGUGGCAGGGAAAAGAUUAAGGCAGUUAGUUUCCUGUUACCCAUGGACAUAGCUUCAUAUUCCAAAAAUUCAAGUUCUUUGAAAUACUCACCAAAUCAGACGACAAAUCAGACAAAUACCAUUACGGAAUAGGAUGUGUGAAAUGGUAAAAUUUAAGAAAUAGUUGGUUCCCAAGAGUUGGGAACACCAAUACCUCACAGGUUCAGUGUCCUCUCCUGAAAAGAGCUCUGGCAAGAUGCCCAGUAGACACACAAAAUCAAGGGUCCUCAAACUACGGC